AUGCAAUACGUGCGCUCCUUGUCCGGCUCCGUGUCCAAGACGUGGAACUCGAUCAACCCAGCCACCCUCAGCGGCGCAAUCGACGUCAUUGUCGUCGAGCAGGAAGACGGCUCUCUUGCUUGCUCGCCCUUCCACGUCCGUUUCGGCAAGUUCUCCCUGCUCAGACCCUCCGAGAAGAAGGUCGAGUUCAAGGUCAACGAUGUGCGUCGUGACUUUCCCAUGAAACUGGGAGAGNGGGGUGAGGCCUUCUUCGUCUUUGAGACUUCUUCCAGCGUGCCCGAAGCUCUACAGACUUCUCCCUUGGUCUCACCUGCCCAAAGUCCUGACUUCAAAUCUGCUGAGUCAAGCGCUCUGGCUGAACCCGACUCUCUUGAUCUAAACUCCCUAUCGGCCACCCUACCAGUUACCCCCACCUACAAUCGGAGAGAGCACGCCAAAUCCGUUGCCGCAAUCAAUUUCAACCCUCUUCAUCCUGGCGAAAGACGUGCACAGAGCGACAACGGACAAGCUACAGACGAUCAUGCCGACCAGUCCAUCGCUAGCGAAUAUCCCAAGCCUCUCCCUGCUCAACUUCACCGCUCAGCCACCGACGAUGCCGUUCCCGCUGCGAAAGCUGCCAUAAACGCCUCGAUCAACGCAAGCGACCCUAUAACCCAACCCCUACAGUCCGAGUCUUCUCGCUCGAGAACGGAACGAUCUACAAGCCCUCCGCCCGUCUCUGGCGAAGAAGCCGUCACAAGAGCUAUCAAUCUUUCUAAAAAGCUAUGGAGUUCAAACAUUCCUUCCCAAGUCACCGACAAAGGCGACAUCAUGCUGGACAUGACGGGCUACAAGAGCAGUGAAGAUGAAGGCUUGCGCGCAGAGGUUUUGGCCAGGAAGAUUUUGUCCGAAGAACUCGAAGGAAACUACGACAUUGGCUCGUUGAUCGGCGCAGAUGAGAAGGGCAACCUAUGGAUCUACAGUAGUGAAGAGGCAAAGGAACAAGCCAACAGAAAAGUCGCUCAGGGCCUGAACGUGCUGAACCCUGCUGGCUUCACCUCAACCGAUGCUCUGUCAGAUCCGGGUUACCACUCAGAUGACUCUCGUAGCGAGACGAGUGCCACGUUCAACGGUACGCAUAUGCGACGGGACUCUGACAGUGCUGUGGGUCUCUCGUCUGAUCCUGCAUCUCCACAAGCUGUUGGCGAUCCCAACCGCAACUACGCAAAGACACUUCGCCUGAGUAGCGACCAACUCAAAUCUCUGGACCUGAAGCCAGGACCCAACACCAUGAGCUUUAGCGUCAAUCGUGCUACCUGCACUGCUGUCAUCUACCGCUGGCGUUGGGAUGUGCCUAUCGUCAUCUCAGAUAUUGACGGCACCAUCACCAAAUCCGACGCUCUGGGCCAUGUCCUCAACAUGAUUGGUCGUGACUGGACUCAUCUUGGUGUAGCCAAGCUGUUCACAGACAUCUCAGCCAACGGCUAUAACAUAUUAUAUCUCACCUCGAGAGGCGUAGGCCAAGCAGAUACGACGAGGAAUUAUCUCGCGAAUGUAGUCCAAGACGGAGGAUUUAGACUACCAAGGGGUCCGACGAUCAUGAGUCCCGAUCGGACAAUUGCCGCUUUGAGGCGAGAAGUCUACCUUCGAAAGCCCGAAGUUUUCAAGAUGGCUUGUCUGCGCGAUAUCAUGGCUCUAUUUACUGGAUCGGGAGGCAGCAACAAUGCAGACAGGGCAGGCCCUACAACCUCAGCCGAAAGCAAUAAUGGUAUUGUGGGAAAGUCAAGCGGGAAGGGUGGUUCCCCGUUCUAUGCAGGUUUUGGAAACCGUCUGACGGACGCGCUGUCGUAUCGCUCCGUCAACAUUCCUAGCACAAGGAUCUUUACUAUCAACUCGAACGCAGAAGUCUCGUUGGAUCUGCUAUCAUUGAACACAUACAAGACAGGUUAUGUAAGUAUGCGCGAGAUCGUGGAUCACUAUUUCCCACCUGUGGGACUACUGGUCAAGGGUGGCGGUGAAGAGUUUACAGACUUCAACUACUGGCGCGAGAAACCCCUUGACCUUGCCGACUUCUCCGCUUCCGAGAGCGACGACGAGUCCAGUGAUUCAGGAUCAAUACCUGGAGGUCUGCGAGGAAACAACAGAUCUCGAGCCAACACGCGGCGGUUCAGCGAAGACGAGGGCGACAUGGGUGACAGUUAUAUCUCGGAAGCUCGACGUAGUAUCGAAGAUGAUGACGAGGAUAACCCCGCCAUGUACCACUCUGUUCUCGAAUCUGUAGAAGGCGGAGAUAGAGACGAAGAGGACUAUGAUGAGGAGUACGACGACGAAGAAAGCGACCAGGAUGAUGAGGAGUCGGACGAAAAGAUCCUCCUCGUCGGUUAG